AUGGCCACCCCUGGUGUGUCCAUGACUUCUGCCAUGGCUACCAAUCCUGCUAUGGCUUUGGCUCCCGCCCCCGCCCUAGCUUGCAAGGCUUCUGUAGCUCCUUCUCCAGGACCAGGCACGCCCGGCUCUAUCACCUCCAAGGAAUGGGUCAUUCCACCCCGCCCUAAGCCGGGUCGUAAGCCAGCUACCGACACCCCACCAACCAAGCGCAAGGCUCAGAACCGCGCUGCCCAGCGCGCCUUCCGGGAACGCCGGGCUGCACGCGUCAGUGAACUCGAAGAGCAAAUGAAGGAAGUCGAAGAUAGUCAUGAUAUCCAAGUGGCUAGCCUCCAGCAGCAGAUUGGCAAUCUCUCCGGCGAGGUUGACCAGUGCCGCGAGGAAAUGAGCUGGUGGCGCGACCGCUGCCACGCCUUGGAGAAAGAGGUGUCGAUUGAGCGCAGUGCGAAGGAAGCCCUGGUCAAGGAAUUCCGAUCCUCUCUUUCCGGCCCUGCCACCACCAAGGCCACUCCCAUCCCUGACUCUGUGCCCUUGCCACCUCGCAAGACUAGAAGCUCCCGCAUGGAGGAUGUUCGUCCCACCACCGUCGACCACCACAAGGACGACAGCCAGUCAAAUGUUCCUCUUGGAUGCAACAACUGCUCUAACUCUCACUGCCAGUGCAUCGAAGAUGCAUUCGGUAUGCCAAUUGACACUCACGAGUCAUCCCAUGCAAGCCGUCAUCCACCUCACGGCGUCGGCAGCCCGGAACGCGAUGUCCGUGACCCCGCCAUCAAGCCCGACCCCGAGGAGAUGGAAAUUGACUUCACCGCUCAAUUCUCCGGUGUGCCUGCCCAGUCCCACGACGACGUCUCCUCGCCACCCGUUGACCCCUGUGGCUUCUGCCAGGACGGCACCCCCUGCAUCUGCGCCGAGAUGGCCGCCCACGAGCAGCAGCGAAGUCGUACCUUUGAAGCCAACCGUCUCGCCCCAAUCCAAUCCAUCUCCCAAUUUACCCCACCACCAUCCGAGGGUGACGCCCGCUCCGAAGUCACCCUCCCCCCAAUCAGCCAAGCAACCAACCCCUGUGCCAACGGGCCAGGCACCUGCGCCCAGUGUCUUGCCGACCCCCGAAGCACCCUUUUUUGCAAGACGCUGGCAGCCUCCCGGUCAGCGAGCGGAACUCCAUCGGGAGGCUGCUGCGGAGGGGGCGGCAAGGACGGAGGAUGCUGCAAGUCCAAUGCCCCCACCACCACCACCACCACCACCACGCGUAAGAACACCACCAUGUCUGCGCAACCUCCCCCACCCAAGCCCGCUUCGCCCUCAGAGUUAACCCUCUCCUGCGCUGACGCCUUCACAACUCUCUCCCGCCACCCAAACUUCAACCGCGCAAGCGAUGAAAUCUCCUCCUGGCUGCCAAAGCUCCACACCCUCCCUAACCCCCGCGACCUGGCGCCCCCAGACAGUCGCGCUGCCAUGGAAGUCGAGGCCGCGAGCGUCAUGGGCGUCUUGCGCUACUUCGAUCGGCGCUUCGCGGAAAAAUAA